AUGGCCGUCUUCAUGGAACUCAUCGUUGUCUCUAUCAUCCUCGUCGUCUGCCUCGCGCUAGGACGGGUGUUUUGGGUUGUCAUGCAGGACGUGAUGACACAGACGCAAGACAAGCUGCAGAAGAAGAACAUCAACGUUUCGACAUCAGGCGCAACGGUCGGCGUCAAGGGCCGUUCGCAGGAGCGCGUUGCCGACUCAACGCAAAAGUAUCUGGUCGAAGCAUGGGGCAAUAGCGAAACAAAGGGUUACUCCUCGUCCUGGUUCGCGCCCAAGAACAAGCCAGAGACAAAGGCAAAGAAGGCAAAGUGA